CCGCACCCCUCCUCAUAUAAGACAUCGCCGGCGCAUCCGCGGCUCAACACUCCCAACACCUCCACCAUGAACACUGUGGCCGUCAUCUUGGUAGCUCUCGCCAGCUGUGCUGCCGUACAGGCAGACAAGAAUGAAUUUGCCGCCACGGUCGUCCGGGUUCCGAAAGAAGACUCGGCCAUCAUCCAGAGCCACAGACUCGGCGGCAACUUUGCGUACUCCACCCACGAAGCCCAUGCUUAUGGCGUGAAGACCCCGAUAAUUGAGCAGAAAACAGUGCCUGUCGGAGUGACCUACCACCAGGGAGAACCGAUAGUCCAGACCCACACCUCGUACGUGAAGCAUCAAAUCCCUCAAUAUGGCGUGGUCCGAACCCAGCACUCCAUUCCUGCAAUCCAGUACACCGCAGGACAACAGGUCGUGACGUCUCAAGUGUCCACCCCAGUACAGUACGUCCAGCAAGCUGCACCUGUGCAGUACAUCGCUGGAUUUGCCCCAGCUCAGUACGUUGCAGCAUCAGCUCCAGUGCAGUACGUUUCUGGAGGUGCUACCCCGGUGCAUUACAUUACCGGAGGCGCUGCCCCAGUGAAAUACGUAACAGGAGGAGCUUCUCCCGUGCAUAUCGUUGGCGCACCAGUACAAUUCGCUGUGUCUCCUGCGCAGUACAUCAAAAACAAAUCAGAAACUGCCGGAAAGGUCCCGGAAGUCAUUGAUGCUUAAAAUCCUACCAUCCUCUAACUUGUCAGCCCAUCGAUCGUCUCAUCAUCGCCUUCUCAUCCUGACAAAAUUAACCCAUCGCGAAUGUCUAGAUCUGACAACACUGCGUCAUUUCUUCUAAUAAAUAAUAUACCUGC